UCGAAUUCGCAGGCGACAAAUCGGGCAACAGGUGCAGGAAUGGUUUUUUGCCAAAAAACAACUGCGUCGCGGUAGCUAAACCUGUUAUGAAACACACAAACACAGUGCUAACAAAUCAGGUAAACAAAGUAUCCCUUGAAAUGGUUGGGCCAGCGGGUAGUCUUCCAAACAACGGACAUUCUGACGAAGAUGAGGAUGUACGAUCGGCGCCCACAUCCAUGCUGGUGCUGGACGCCAAGCGAAAAAGCGCCUUCUUGCCGUACCGUCCACAAUCCACAGUCCUCACGAAUCUACAGCGCGGCAACACCGAGGCUACCUUUUGUCCUGUCGAGGUUUCGCUAUCCUUCCAUGAACGAGCCGGCCAAGGAGAGAUCACGGAGGAGCAGGUGACUGCGGAAAGGGCCCGGCAUGCUGACAUUGACCACAAGGACGACCAUGGCUUCACCGCCCUCCAUUGGGCUGCAUCUUAUGGACAAUUGGUAUCAGUGCAGCUGCUGGUUUCAGCUGGCGCCAACGUUAAUAUCAUGGCUCCGGAUCUGGUCAGUCCUCUCCUCUUGGCAGCCGCCGGUGGGCACAAUGAGAUUGUUCGCUUUCUGUUGGAUCACGGAGCGGAUUCGACACACAUGGAUAUAAUGGGGAACACGGCGCUUAUGUACGCAGCUGCUGGUAAUCACCCCCAUACCUGCAAUGAGCUAUUGGCCAGGGAUUUGGAUCUGAGUGCCUCCAACGAAAACGGGGAGACUGCCUACUCUUUGGCGGUGCAGAAUGGCGCUCACCUGGCCCAAGCACUGUUGGAGCAAUACAUGACGGGUAUUAUUACGGCGGGUAUUAGUUUAUAACUAAAACUCGAAGCUACUUUACCCACUCUAAUUCAGAAACUUCAUUGUUAAUGUAUACAUUUUUUAGUCAUAAUAAUAAAUUUGCAAUUAAAUGUCAACGAGAUCUUUACGUAUUCGUAAAGAUUCAUAUAUUUCUUAAUUAUU